CCUAAACUCAAUUGAGAGAUUCGAGGGUUUUGAGGCAACAUGAAACUGCUCGUGAAAUGAAGUAAACUCCAAGGGUGAAGGUCUCUACUACGUCAUAUUGAUAUUCGCCAUGAAAUGGGGAAAUUUGGCAUUGCAGCAUGGGAAUUGUCGGACCCAGGUCCUUUGCCGCGUUGGCUUGAUCGAGAACAAGAGAAAGUGCCCCGUACAUGAAUCGCUUCCAUCACCCCUGUCGUACCUUCCAAGGCUGGAUGCAUCUGAACCCACGUCAUCCCCUUCGCCAGAAAAUCGUGCCUUCCCUCACCAGCCACUUUUGCUCCGGGCAAUUCCACCCUAGCUACUAGCUUGUCUCCUUCACCUUCCCUCCCAUACAUAAUAACCUCACGCUGUUCCUCCUCCCCGUUCUCUUCUCAUCAACAACGUCAAACUGGCAUCAAUCCAAGUACUUGAAGAACCUCCUAUUAACAUCUUCCAACAACCUCACACAUACGCAAUCAUGUCUCUCCACUAUCUCCCACCUGUCAAGCCAUCUGCCAUUGCUCUCGGCACGAUCUUCAACCACGCUGCUUCUCUCGCCGUUCUCGGUCCCGUCUUUGGUGACACUUACCACCGUGCUCAAGCCGCCAACUCAAAGGAGGAGUUCGUCAAGUCAAAGGAGGCCGCCUCUGCUGCCGCAGCAUGGGGAACUUCCCUCGUUGGUAGCGCCGUUCAAUCAUAUGGUGUUGGUGCCUUGAUCAAUGCUACCGGAACUCUGUCGUACAAGGGUGCUGCUUACCUCGGUGGUCUGAUCUUCAUGGCCAGCUCUGCCCCAUCUUUCAUCGCACAAAUCUUCACUGAGAAGCGUCCCCUUGAUACCGUUGCUGUUGGUGCCGUUGCCCGUGUCUUCGAGACUGUUGGUCUUUCUCUCUUCCUCACCUGGUGGGGAACCCGCACAAACCCCUUCGAGUAAAUCAUUCGCAGGGAUAUGAAAUAAGGAAAUGGGGAAGGAUUCUUUAGAAAUGGUUUAGCAACCUCUGUAUCAACUCAGCUCUCCUACCAGGCGGUGAUUUUGUGGUUUGCUAGUCACACGCCCUUGGCAUUUAGUUAGGGAAUGAAAUUCAUGCAACGAC